UCCCCAUAAUUUUUUCUCUACCUAAGUAGGCCCAUGUCACUUGAAAUGUUCCCAGAGAUGUGGGACUCCUUAACCAAGUCUGGCUUUCUUCACCUCCUUAAUAAUUCAUCUGGCUUGUCUUCAGGAGGCUCCUGUUGGCAUCGCUUUCACUUUCUUACAAAACUCCCCUCAAAUUCCCAGUGAAUGCCCCCAACACGAGGACACGUUGCUGUUAAGGAGCAGUCCCUGCUCUACACAGCCUGUCCAAGCCCCAGAGAGGUGCACAUGGCUGGGACGACUCUCCAGGCCCUGGCAGACCAUCCUGGCCUGGGAACCGAUGCGUUUGUCCCACAGAGCCCCCAAGGAGACCAAGAAGUCAGCAGGUCUGGAAGAUGUUUCGGUGAGGGUGAAGAUCCACAGCACCUGAGAACUUCCCACCUCCCACCGUUACUGCCUGUGUCCCCUGGCUGCUCCCAGGAUGGGCUGUCUCCAUGCCACAUGUUGACAGUGAGGGUCAUCCGGAUGAAAAAUGUCCGGCGGGCUGAUUUGGUGAGCCAGACAGACUGCUUUGUAAGCCUCUGGCUGCCUACCGCCUCUCAGGAAAAGCUGAGGACGAGGACCAUAUCCAACUGCCCAAACCCAGAGUGGAAUGAAACCUUCAACUUCCAGAUCCAGACCCAAGUGAAGAAUGUGCUAGAGCUGAGCGUCUGUGAUGAAGAUACAGUGACACCAGAUGAUCAUCUCUUGACAAUUCUCUAUGACCUUGCCAAGCUCUGCUUCCGCAAGAAAACCCAUGUGAAGUUCCCACUCAACCCGGAGGGCAUGGAAGAGCUGGAGGUGGAGUUCCUGCUGGCAGAGAGCCUUUCUCCACCUGAGACCCUCAUCACCAAUGGCGUGCUGGUGUCUCGACAAGUCUCCUGCCUGGAGGUUCAUGCAGAAUCUAGGAGGAGGAGGAAGAGUAAGAAAAGUGAGUGCCUCCUGGUGAAGGUGACGGAAUCCUUCGAGAACACCCAGCGCAUUUCGUCCUGCCAGGAGCCCACCUGCCCAAACCCUGCCUGUUUUCACUACCCCAAGUAUUUCCAGCCCCAGCUGCACGUGGAGGUGCCCAAGAGUCACUGGAAUUGUGGGCUUUGCUGCUGCUGCACACACAAGAAUGGUCCUGUCUGCCAGCCCCUUGAUUGCUUUUCUGACGGCCAGGCGGUGACCCUGCCUUUGGGUGAGAACUAUGAAUUACACAUGAAGUCCACACCUUGCUCUGACACACUGGAUGUGCGGCUGGGCUUCAGCCUGUGCCAGGAAGAGUUGGAGUUUCUGCAAAAGCGGAAGGUGGUUGUGGCCGAGGCACUGAAGCAGGUGCUGCAGCUAGAGGAGGACCUGCUGGAGGACGAGGUACCGGUGAUAGCCAUCAUGGCCACUGGGGGUGGAGCCAGAUCCAUGACCUCCAUGUAUGGCCACCUGCUGGGACUGCAGAAGCUGAACCUCCUGAACUGUGCCACUUACAUCACCGGCCUGUCUGGGGCCACCUGGACAAUGGCUACUUUGUACCGUGACCCUGAGUGGUCCUCCAAAAACCUGGAGCCUGCUGUCUUCGAAGCCCGGAGACAUGCAGUCAAAGACAAGAUGCCUUCCCUGUUCCCAGACCAGCUCUGCAGAUUCCAGGAGGAACUCCGGCAGCGCAGCCAGGAAGGCUACAGGGUCACUUUUACAGACUUCUGGGGCCUGCUGAUUGAGGCCUGUCUUGGGGACGAGAGAAAUGAAUGCAAACUGUCAGAGCAGCGUGCUGCUUUGUGCCAGGGCCAGAAUCCCCUGCCUAUCUACCUCACCAUCAAUGUCAAGGAUGAUGUAAGCAACCAGGAUUUCAGAGAAUGGUUCGAGUUCUCCCCCUACGAGGUGGGCCUGCAGAAGUACGGGGCCUUCAUCCCCACAGAGCUCUUCGGCUCAGAGUUCUUUAUGGGGCGGCUGAUGAAGAGGAUCCCUGAGUCGCGGAUGUGCUACAUGCUAGGUUUGUGGAGCAGCAUCUUCUCCCUGAACCUGCUCGAUGCCUGGAAUCUGUCCCACACCUCGGAGGAGUUUUUCCACAGGUGGACGAGGAAGAAGGUGCAUGACAUUGAAGAUGAGCCGCUCCUGCCUGAAAUCCCCAAAUGUGAUGCUGACAUCCUGGAGACCACAGUAGCGAUUCCUGGGUCUUGGCUAUCCAAUACUUUCCGAGACAUCCUUACCCAUCGGCCCUUCGUGUCUGAGUUCCAUAACUUCAUGUUUGGGCUGCAGCUACACACUGACUACCUCCAGAACAGUCAGUUCUCCAUGUGGAAAGACACGGUGCUGGACCACUUCCCAAACCAGCUGACAGAGUUUGCAAAACACUUGUGCCUGCUAGACACCGCUUUCUUUGUCAACUCCAGCUACCCGCCUCUCCUCAGGCCAGAGAGGAAAGCCGACCUCAUCAUCCACCUCAACUACUGUGCAGGGUCCCAGACGAAGCCCCUGAAACAAACCUGCGAGUACUGCACCACACAGAACAUCCCCUUCCCCGGCUAUGAGCUCCAGGAUGAGGACGGCAGUCUCAAGGAGUGCUACCUGCUGGAACAUCCCCAGGACCUCGAUGCCCCCAUCGUGGCUUUCUUUCCACUCAUCAAUGACACCUUCCAGAAGUACAAGGCACCGGGUGUGGAGAGGAGCCCUGAGGAGAUGGAGCUGGGCCAGGUGGAUAUUUAUGGCCCCCACUCCCCCUACGCCACCAAGGAACUGACCUAUACGGAGGCUGCCUUUGACAAACUGGUGAAACUCUCUGAGUACAACAUCCUGAAUAACAAAGACAAGCUCCUUCAGUCUCUGAGGCUGGCAGUGGAAAGGAAGAAACGUUUCAAGAACCAGUGUCCUUCCUAAGCCCCUGGCAGCCCGUCCAUCCUGUGUCUGCUUCUCCUGUCAGUGGCCCGGACUCUGUGGCCUGUGCAGGUAGCCCAGCUCUCUGGCGAGCGGUGCAGGCAGGCUGGCCUGGGCUUCCUAUAAAAAAGUAACAUUUUAAAAAGGGGAGAGAAACAAAGGAACAUAACCAGGAGCCAUAUUGGGGUUUUAUACUCCUAGGAAUUUAUUUUACCACUUUCCCGCAGGGAAGGCCACAAGCUCCCACGCAUACCUCAAGUGUGAAAAGCAGAAACUGGCUGGUUUCCAAGAAAUUUCAGACUCAGAACAGGAAGUGGAGGCUGUCCAACAGCCCUACCCUCUCUAACUCCUCUUCCUCCUCCUAUGGCAGGCCUAGGGGAAUGCUCAGGAAGACUGAAAAGUAC